AUGGCCACGAAAGCGGGCUUGGAAAUCGGUCCCUCCACGAUUUUCGACGCGCGGCCGAGCUUGGUGGAGCCCACCGUGAUGCACCUGGGACGCAUCUUGGAGGAACACAGCAAGGUUUUGCAAACGAAUGGACAGAUGGAACUUGAAGUCCGCCUAGGAGUCUUGAGGCCUUUCCAUGCCAAAAGCUUUCAACGGGUGGACCUGCCAUGCUCAAGCGAAGCCUUGCUGAUUCCCAAGUGCAAGGACUUUCAGUAUCGCUUCGAACCCGGGUUGCCUCCGGAGAUCUACGCACCGUUGAUGAAGAAGCUGGAUGCCUUGCGAAAGGAGCAACAGAUGGAGUGCAGCGUGACCAACGAGCAGACCCUGGACAUCACCUACGAGGUUCCGAAUGUGCAGAAACACACGGGCCGCAGUUCCCUUCGGGUGAGCCACCAGAAAGUCUUGGAGAACGAGGAGAAACGAUGGAAGGUAAAAGGGCCAGCCGUGCUGAAGAAUCGGUUCGAAGUCCUGGAUCUCUUCUCCGGCCGCUCGGUUCCGACGAAGGGGCCCAGCAUCGACCUGCGCGUGGCCUUGAGCGCGGAGGUCGCGGUGAAAGACAUGCCGAGGUCGAAUACCCACAAGCUGCUGCUGAAGCGGGAGAAGCACCGACGAUCCUACGACUUCAGAGCCUGGCGUAUCGAUUUCACGGUGGUGCAAUCGAUGCAUGGCGAUCAGCUGGAGAAACACCUCUCCUAUGAGGUGGAGUUGGAGCUGAAUGCUCAGAUCCUGCGAAAGAACCUCGAGGCCAAAAUGUCGAACAAACCACACCAGCUGUGGGAGUUGCUGACGGAUUUCCUCAACGCCGGCCGCGACCUGGCCGUCUUGGCCUCUGAGCCGUGCCCGCUGCCUGUGCCGCCGAGCCUGCCUCAGCUGCCGCCCGACGAGGGGCGCCCGGCGUAUCAGCGCGAGCUGCCGGGGAUGCCGGAACCCUUGAUUGGCCACUACUUGUACCGUCUGGCGGAGGGUGGCUGGAAACAUGGCAAGCGAAAGGCGGAGCAUGCGGAGCAGGCAGCCGACGCGGCAGCCGACGCGGCAGCCGAACCGGCGGAGAAAAGGCUUUUGAACCAUAGCGGCAAGGCAUGGCGUCAGAUGAACUCAAAGGGCCGUGGCCGUGGUCACCAAUCUUUCACCGCCGAUGAGGUCUUGGAGGCUGGCGAUGAUGAUGGCGACUAUGAGGGCGACGAGACCUAUCACGAGGACAUUGAGACUUGCCUCGCCUUUGCCAUUGGGGACAAGUCCACCGUUUCCAAGAAUGAUCUAGCUGAACAGAAUGCCAAGGUCCUUAAGGCCUUUGCGACUCAGAACACCUUCCACGUUUCUGAGAAUGCCGACAUGACCCUGAAUGCCAACGCGAUUGAGAAUGCCAGCGUGCCACAGAAUGCCUUCCUGACUGAGUAUGCCGACCUUGCCCAGUAUGACGGCCUGACUCAGUAUGCCAACUCUUCUCAGAAUGACAUGAGCCGUGCGCUGCAGCCCAAUUUGAAUGAGUCCAAUGCCGUGACCGCACAGAUGCCUGUUCCUCCAGCAGGCAGCCCGCCUUUUGAGGCUGGAUCCAACGUCACAAAGAAUGCCAGCGCACAUGGAGUUUGUUUCGCUUCCUUUAUUGCCCUUUGUACAAAGUGGGGCAGUGCUGCUCGAUCCCGUGAGCUUUUUGCCAGCGUUUGCCGUGAAAGAGACAAAGCUUUGCAUGACCGUGAACAGCGAGCGGCCUUGCGACCUCCUCCUGGUUAUCCUGGUCAAGCAGCCUCUUCUCCAGGUUCCUCACCUUCACCCAAGUCUGUUGACUGGAAUUUGGUUGGUGAACAAGCCUCUUCCACUGGCGCUGAUGGCAGCUCAAGGACAGCCAAGAUUGUCCGUGAUCGAGAACCUCGCUUUUGGGCCUAUGGUGUGCUGAUUAAGCCAACAAUUGACCUUCCUGAUUUUCCCCUUCUUGCGGAUGAGGACCAGGAUGUUCUUCAGCCACUGCCAUGCGACAUGACUUUGUGUGGUCCAGAAACGCCCUUUGAGGGGUACAGCUAUGCUCAAGUUGCAUCGAGCCCAGAGGCAUCUGCAUUUUGCCAGCAAAUUUUGCAAGCUGCCCUGGAAAAUCAGCCUUUGGUUCCCGAGCUCUAUCGGCUCUCAUUCUACCUUUUCGGCAGGUGCAAGUUGCUUCACUCUGCCGAUCACCUGGACUUUGAUCCUGCUGCUCUGGUCGAUCAUGACCAACCUCAUGACUUUGGCGGCAUGAACCCUGAUGAUUACUUUGACAUGAUGGCCGACCUUGACAUGUGGCGCCAAGAAGCUGCCAGCAUCCAAGCAGCCAUCGACAGUGGCGAGAUCGUUCUUCCUCAACAAGACGAAGGUCUCAUGUGCGAGGAUGCCAACUACUUGUUCGACCAUCCUGAGCAGUUCAUCGUGCGAAAGGCCACCAACAAGAAGAGCAAGAAGUUUGAGUCAUGGCAGAACAACUUGGACGGUGAAGACUGGCUUCGCCAACGAGUUCUCACCGGCAAGUACAAGAAAGUGUCCAACAAGUCCUUGGGCAUUCGUGAAAGUGCCCGAGUGAACAGUUGCGAUUUGCGAGCGAAGAUGAGCUUCUUGCUGCUCACUCCCUUCCUGAAGAAGUUCUACAACCAUCCUAUACCAGAGGUGCCAGAAACUAUGUUGAUCUUCGUGGACAUGCAGCAACUCCACAGGAGGAAAGGACGGGAGACGAGAUCCAAGAGCCUGAACCAGGCUUCUGAAGAGGAGUCCAUGCUCACUCAGGCUCAACCUGCCGAUGCUUUCCUCACUGGGAAGGCAGCCUCCUCCGAGAUCUCCCUCAAGAAUUUGGAUGAGAGUGACCGGCAGAAGUUUCAAGAUUCCAUGAAGCGUGAAUGGGAUUCAUGGAUGAAGUUUGGAGCUGUUGAAGUUUUGACAAAGGGCCAGAUCAAGGACUUGCCCGACGACACGCAGAUCGUGGGAACACGUUGGGUGCACACCGACAAGAACAGCAAGCCCAGACUUUUGGCCAAAUACCUCUCGAAGAAGACUGGAAAAUCUGAUGCGCAGAUCAAGAAAGAAUUUCCUUUUCAGGCCAAAAGCCGACUUGUUGUCCAAGGGUGCCAAGAAGAUCCACAAGCUAUCCGCUCAGAUAGUCCCACGGCAUCAGCCCACAUGACCUCCUUCGAGCACGUGGUUCCAUCUACGGCACGAAGGACGCUGGUCGCUCAUGGUGGAAGUGAAGGCAAGGUGUAUCAGGAUAGCAUUUCAGCCAUGGAAAAGGAGAUUUACCUGAAGGUUAGUCACCGAGAGUUUCGUUUUUGUGGAAAGAACGUCAAGCAACAUAGCGAUGGCACCAUUGAGCUGGAUCAGUUCGACGCCAUUGAAAGCGUGGACUACAUGCCCUUGACUAAGGACAGACGGUCCUGUAUCAAUGCCCCUCUGACCACAGAGGAGAUCACAAGUUUCCGCGGCCUGAUUGGCCAACUUGGCUGGAUCACGAGGCAGACACGACCUGACUUGAUGGUCAAUGUGUCGGUCGCUGCCCAGAGUGUGAGCAAACCAAGAAUCAAGGAUGUGGUGAACCUCAACAAGUGCGUUAAGAUGCUCAAGGACACAGCCGAUUCGACUUGGCGCUUUGUCCCCCAUCCUGACAUGAAGCUUGAUGAUUUGGUUGUUUGCGUUUUUGCAGAUAGCAGUUUUGCAAACAUUGAAGGCAUGAAGUCUCAGUGCGGCUAUGUUGUCUCUCUGACCUUGCCGAGCAUUCGAAGCGGCUCCCCAACUCCUCUCUUCGUUGUUGAAACCUACUCUGGAUCAGUGAAGCGAGUUUGUCGCAGUACACUUGCUGCAGAGGCCAAUGGUUUUCUCACUGGUGCUGAGGCAGGCGAAUACGUCAGAGCCUUACUGCUGGAACUCCAGCAUCCUGAUGUGAGUUUUAACGAUUUGGAGCGUGAGUAUGUGAAGAAGAAGAUCAUUUGCAUCACUGACGCAAGGAGUUUGGAAAGCACAUUGAACAAAGACGCAGGUCAACCUGGUGACAAAAGGGUUCGCAUUCUAGUAGCACAAAUACGUGAGAUGAUUGGUGAAAACAACUAUGGCGAUGACGACAUGGUGUUCGCAGAAUGGUGCGACACAAGCCAGCAACUCGCUGAUGUGCUCACGAAAACUGGAUGCGAAAGAGAACCGUUGCUCAAUGCACUCUACAAAGGAGUGUGGCAGCUU